CUAAAAAAGAGUAUAUAGAUUAUGGGGAUUUCAUAAAUAAAGCAUCGGAUAUAGAAAUUAAAAAACUAUUUUAGUAAGUUAUUAUAUAUUAUUGAAUUAGUAGGCUUAAAAGAAGAUGGAUAUCGUUUAGUUACUAAUAAAGGAGAAGAGUCAGGGCAAAGUGUAUUGCAUUUUCAUUAUCAUAUUAUUGGAGGUAGAAACUUAUCUAAUUUAAUCGAUUAAACUUGAAUAUUAAAGUAGAAUUUAGUAUAUAAGAGGCACCGCCUGUGCUUAUGUUAAAGCAAUUUAUUUGGUAAGUAAUGGAAAAGAAAUAUAAUAUUGCCGUAGUAGGCGCCUCAGGUAAUGUAGGACGUGAAACCUUAGCAAUCUUAAGUGAAAGAGCCUUCCCUAUCAACAACAUAUAUGCGAUAGCCUCAGGUGGGUCUUAUGGCAAAGAGGUUAGUUUUGGAGAUAAUACCUUAAAAAUUACUUCUAUAGAUAAUAUAGAUUUUAGUAAAGUCGAUAUUGCAUUUUUUGCGGCUGGUUCUGAAAUAUCUAAACAAUAUGUACCACAAAUUGCGCAGCAGGGCUGCAUAAUAAUUGAUAAAUCUUCAUUUUUUAGGCUUGAUCCUGAAGUACCCUUAAUAGUGCCAGAAGCUAAUCUGGUAGCCUUACAAAAUUAUACUCGAAAAAAUAUUAUAGCUAAUCCAAAUUGUUGUACUAUCCCUAUUGCUGUAGCAUUAAAACCUCUAGAUAAUGCUGCAGAGAUUAAGAGAAUAGUAAUCUCCACUUAUCAAUCGGUUUCUGGUGCUGGUAGGGCUGCCAUGGAUGAGUUAUACAAUCAAACGAAAGCAAAAUAUGUUUUUAAUGAGGUGCAACCGCAAAUUUUUCCAAAACAGAUAGCGUUCAAUUUAUUUCCCCAUAUUGGUCAUUUUAGUAAUGAUGGCUCUACUACCGAAGAAUCAAAGAUUUCCUUGGAAUUAGCCAAAAUUAUAGGGCCGCAUGCCAAAGCUACCGUCACUUGUGUUAGGGAAAUUACAUUAGCUGAUAAUACUAUUAAUAGUAUUGAAUUUGAAUUAGGAAUUAAUUUUUUUAUUGUCAACAAAUCUGAAAAUUUUGUAGGGCAAGAGCAUAAAUUAAUAAAUUAUCAAAAUCAGGUUGAACCAUAUGACCAGUUAGAAAAUUUACGUGCCGAAAUACUUGAUAUUCUUGAAAAAAUUGGUAUUCCUACAAUUUUUCACUGUCAUGCUCGUAGUGGUAAUUUAUGGACCUUAAUGUGGUUAUCGGUAAUUAUUGGCUCAAUAUAUUUUAUUUAUGGGCUGUUACAAGUUGCGCGUUCAUUUACUCUAAUUAAAGUCGGGGAAUGGUUAGACAAAACAGUCGCUCCUACAAUUUUUGGCUACUCUAUCUCUGCUUCAGCAACUCGUACUAACACGGCAGCUAGUCAAUUACUUCGUGAUUUUCAAACUGUCAAGACAUUUUUAACUAGUACAGGAAUUAAUACUUUAUUUGAUGCUCCCUGGAGUAUUAUUUAUAUAGUAGUGAUUUUUUUAAUUCAUCCAUAUAUUGGAAUUCUAACUUUAAUUGGGGCGGUAAUUAUUGUAUCUACAGCUUUUUUUAAUGCUGCUGCUACUAAUAGAACGCUGGGGGAAGCCACGGAAUUUUCAAUAAAAGGUAUGGUACAAGCAGAUAUCGCUAAUAGAAAUUCAGAAGUAGUAGAAGCUAUGGGAAUGAUGAAAAAUGUCACAGCCAAUUGGCAUAAAUUUAAUAUUGCUUCUUUAGAAAAACAGUCAAUAGCUAGUUACCGUAAUGGUGCUAUUUCUAAUUUUUCUAGAUUUAUCCGGAAUAUUAUGCAAAUGCUAGUAACGGGUAUUGGUGCUUAUGUCGUGGUCAGUACUAGAGGAGAAGCGAUGACUACUGGUGGGAUGAUUAUGAGCUCCAUUAUAGUAGGUAGGGCUUUAGCACCUUUUGAUAAUGCAAUAGAAUUAUGGAAAAGUAUGAGUGGGGCUAUUAAAUCCUAUAAAAAUAUUAAUCAAUUAUUCAAUGCUUUUACUUCCCGCGAUGAAGCGAUGCCUAUUCCUCAUGUUAAAGGCUAUUUGACUGUAGAAAAUAUUUAUUAUGCGACUCCUGUUCCCCCUUAUCUCGCGCAACCAGCUGUACCUCGAUAUAUCCUAAAGGGUAUAUCAUUUGCAGUGCAACCUGGAGAAAUAUUAGCUAUUAUUGGACCUUCUGCUGCGGGUAAAUCCACUUUAUCUAAAGUGCUGGUUGGGGUAUGGAAAGCUCACUCAGGGAGUGUCCGACUUGAUGGAGGAGAAAUAUAUCGUUGGAAUAGGGAAGAUUUUGGUAAGCAUGUAGGAUAUUUGCCACAAGGAAUAGAAUUAUUUAGUGGAACUGUAAAACAGAAUAUUGCUCGAAUGUUGGAAAACCCGGAUCCCGAAAAAGUAAUUGAGGCUGCUAAAAUCGCAGGAGCUCACGAAAUGAUUUUAAGAUUACCAGAUGCCUAUGAUUCGGACAUUGGACCUGCGGGUUCUAAUCUUUCAGGAGGACAAAAGCAACGUAUAGGUCUUGCUAGAGCAUUUUAUGGUAAUCCUAAACUAAUUAUUUUAGAUGAGCCUAAUGCUAAUCUUGAUGAAGCGGGAGAGAAUAUAUUAUAUUAUCUUGAUCGCUUUAUAAAUUUUAUCACUAAAAAGACUGAUUCUAAUCGUAAUGAUGUCCUUCAAGUUGCUCGCUCUCCAAUUCUCUUUGGAACGUAUGUCAUAAUAUUUUUUGUUUUAGUUGGUGGAAUAUGGGGAAGUUGCGCUCCACUGGAUAGUGCUGCGGUAGCCGGAGGGAUUGUUGUAGCAAGUACUAAUAGGAAAGUGAUCCAGCAUCAUGAAGGAGGUAUUAUCGCUAACAUUUUCGUUAACCAAGGUGAUAGUGUUAAAGUAGGUGAUAAAUUAUUAGAGCUAGAAGAUGUUAAAAUUAAAUCUCAUUAUGAAAGCACUUUAAGCCAAUAUAGGCAUGCUUUAGCUACUGAAAGUCGUUUAAUUGCAGAACGAGAUGAUAAAGAAAAGAUUGAAUUUCCUGAACUGCUUCAAAAUGAUAUCAAUUUACCAGAUGUAGCUAGAAUUAUUGAUACUCAAACCAGUGGAGUAGUUGCUCCAGGUAAUCCUAUUUUAGAGAUUGCGCCAAGUAAUGAUAAUUUAAUAAUAGAAGCGCAGGUUCCAAGUAGGUUAAUAGAUUCGGUUCAUGAAGGUUUAGUAGCUAAAAUCCGUUUCAGUGCCUUUAAAUCAAGAACUACCCCAUUAUUCAGCGGUAGGGUAGUAAAAUUAUCUCCUGAUAUUGUUCAAGAUCGAAGUCAAAAGGCUGGCGAGACAGUAUAUAUUGCUAGGAUUGAAAUUAAUAUGGAAGAAUUUAAUAGGAUUGCAAAAGCGAAGAACUUGGAACUUCAUCCCGGUAUGCAAGCAGAAGUACAAAUCGUUACUGGAACUAGAACCUUACUUCGAUAUUUAUUAGAUCCCAUUACUGACACUAUGUUUAGAUCGUUUAAAGAGAAAUAA